AUGAACAAAAUCGUUACCCCCGCCUUUUCCCGAGGCAUACCCAAACUCGAACUUAACAGUUACUGGAACUACCUCCCAGACGAUGACGACCUGGGAACGGACGAAAGUUGGUUCGACCCAGCCAAACUCCAAUACUGUCGUUCGCCAAUCAUCGUACCGUUCGCCCCGGAAACUCCCAUGUCUGACAUCUCCGAUCCGCGCCAACAUAACAUCGUAUGGUAUCAACGCGAAAUCAAUUGGGAGUCGGUGUCGCUGGAGGUAAAAGGAGCAGAUGCUGAGCAAAAGCGGUAUUUUAUCCACUUCGAAGCCGUAGAUUACGAGGCUACGGUUUGGGUUCAAGGCUGUAUGGUCGGAAGUCAUAUUGGUGGCCAGACACCGUUCAGCUUAGAGAUUACCGAUCAUGUGAGAGCUCUGGAGAGGAGUGAGGAUAACACCAAGAAGUUAGUCGUGGUGGUAAGAGCGAGAGAUUGGGCGCAGGACAUGACGCAGCCUCGUGGUAAACAGUAUUGGAAGCAGGAUAGGAAUGGGAAUUCGAAACCGGAGAGUAUUUUUUAUACUCCUACGACGGGGAUCUGGCAAGAUGUCUGGAUCGAAGCUCGGCCCAUCAAUCACCUCAAGAGUGUUCAGUUUGUUAGUGAUAUCGAUGCAGGAACGGUGAGGGCGGAUGUUGAAGUGGAUCUGAUGGAUCCAGGAAGCUUGGUGAGAUUGAAGAAAGAGUCAGAGUAUUGGGUUUCAUUUACGGUCAAAUUCAACGGUAAAAUCAUCUCGACUUGCAAGACGUUGGUUAGUCCACAAACGAAUAGUUGUUCAACCGUCAUCAACGUUCGACAAUCCGGAGUUCAACCAGAAGGACCACUACGAACGCGACUUACCACUCCAGGAGUCCUGCCGCCAGAAGUAAACCGCGAUCGAUGGGACAACGGUCUCGCACUUUGGUCUCCAGAUAGUCCCAGCUUGUACGAUAUCGAAAUCCGUCUGCUCAGCUCUCCUAUUGACGCAGACGAGCUUGAUCUGGUCAAAAGCUACUUUGGUAUGCGUAAAGUCUCCAUCGAUUCCCACGGUCGGCUUUGUCUCAACAAUCGAAUUUACUUUCAAAAGCUCAUUCUUAACCAAGGGUAUUGGCCCGAAAGUGGCCUCAGUGCGCCGAAAUACAAUUCGUACACGGAAGACAUUAAAAAGAUCAAACAACUCGGUUUCAACGGAGUACGCAUGCAUCAGAAGGUUGAGAACAAGCAGUUUCUAUGCGAGGCGGAUCGUCUGGGUCUGCUGGUCUGGGGUGAGAUGGCGAAUGCGUAUGAAUUCAGCACAACCUACGUCGAGCGGUUUACAAAGGAGUGGAUUGAUGUGGUGAAACGGAAUCUCUCUCAUCCAUGUAUAGUGGCGUGGGUGCCCCUCAACGAGUCGUGGGGUGUACCGGCGCUGAAUAAGUCUGCGCAACAAAGGUCGCAUCUUUUAUCGCUAUACCAUCUGACCAAAGCCCUCGACCCAACGAGACCCGUGGUGGACAAUGAUGGAUGGCAACACGUCGAAUCGGACCUCAUCACCAUCCACGAUUACCGCUCAGCCUCUGAACUAGAAGCUGGUUUCCGCACCCGCACAGCGGCAACGCAAGAAAGAGUUACUGGAUACCCUAUCCUUCUACCACCACUCUCCACCUCGGAACGCAGACACAAGCUUCCAAUCCUAUGCACUGAGUUCGGCGGAUUAGCACUCAAAGUAGAUAGCGUUCUCGACACAGCUGGUGGGGUCAAUUGGGGUUACGCUAAUGCGACUUCCCAGGAGGACUUUUUGGAACAGUUUGAAGCGCUGGUGAAAGCGUUAACGAAGGCAAGAGAGGAAGAGGGGAAUGGGAGGGUAGUGCAAGGGUUUUGUUGGACUCAGUUUACAGAUGUUGAACAGGAGGUGAAUGGGCUUUUGACCAAGGACAGGAGGUUCAAGAUUCCUCCUGAGAAGAUCAAGGCCAUCUUGGACGCGAUCUGA